GCGGUUCGCACUGCCAUAGUCGUUACGCUGGGCGGUUGCUGCGCGGCCAUCUGGACAGCCUUUACCGCUGUGCCAAGGUCAAUUCUCUGGCGCGAUACACGCCUUAAACCGUUCCUUCGGUCUCUCCAUUCUUUCACGAAUCUCUCCAUUCUUUCACGAACGACACGUACCAACAUCUCUGGAGAGUGCGACGACCAUGGCCACACAUAACGAGCGAGAAGACUCAAUCACCAUUGACGACGAGGAGACGCUCGGGGGUUCUACCUUGGCGAAGCGCGGUCUGAACCACAGCUACAGCAUGUCUACGACAAAGCUCCUUGCGGACGACGAGGACACUCAGAGGCGUAACGAAUCAUCUGACUCCGUGUAUGCGCCAGCGUACCAGUCUGCCUACCCGGACACCGACUACAGUUAUGAUCCUGCAGGGUACUCGACGGACAAGUUGGGGGAAUCCAGGCAGGAUCAAAUAGCAGACGUGCCAAAAGAUGCGCCAUACGUUCAACCAUGUGGCGAGCCCUAUGGAAAGUCCUACUAUCAGAAUAUGGAGUAUGCUGAGCCUUCCGCUGCCCCGCCACCACCGCAAGAACGCCCGAAUUACUUCCAGCGAUACUUUGGUCUCUACCCCAUCGAGCAGCGGAUAAGUGACAAAAAGGCUGGCCGCGGUAUCCAGCAGAAACCGUACAUGGUGUGGGCCUUAACUCUCACCAUGCUCUGUGUUCUGAUCUACGAGUUGGUGACCAACGAUAAAUAUCAAGGAACCCCUAUUUCCUUCAAGCCAACCGUCAACCCCAUGCUUGGUCCCUCAGAAAGCGCCUUGAUCACGCUUGGUGCACGUUUCCCUGCAUGCAUGAAGAACGUGUCGGCCAUCCCUAUAACGACAGAAUUUGCUUGCCUCAAUGACACGGCAAACCCAGUGACAUCUGCCUGCGAUCUCGAGACCAUCUGCAAUUUUGGUGGGUUCCACGACAAAGCUCCCAACCAGUGGUUCAGGUUCAUCACACCUGUGUUCCUGCACGCCGGUAUCAUCCACUACCUGCUCAAUAUGCUAGCACAAAUGACUGUCUCUGCUCAGGUUGAGCGCGAGAUGGGUUCCGUCUGCUUCUUUAUCCUCUAUAUCGCCUCAGGAAUAUUCGGGAACGUUCUGGGAGGUAACUUCGCUCUCGUCGGCGUACCCUCUGUGGGUGCUAGUGGAGCGAUAUUCGGAACAACUGCGGUUGCAUGGGUAGAUCUGUUUGCGCAUUGGAGAUAUCAGUACCGACCUGGGCGUAAGCUAGGAUGGAUGUUUGUUGAGCUGAUCCUCGGUAUUGCGCUUGGAUACAUUCCUUAUGUUGAUAACUUUGCUCAUCUCGGAGGCCUGCUGAUGGGCCUGCUCACUGCCAUGGCACUAUAUCCCAUCAUCAGCCCUUCCUCACGGCACAGAGCGAUCGUAAUCGGUCUGAGGCUGAGUGCUGUGGUUCUUGCGAUCGUGUUAUUCGUUGUCCUCAUUCGCAACUUCUAUACCGCGGAUCCGUAUUCAUCCUGCGAAUGGUGUCGCUAUCUCUCGUGUAUUCCAACAUCCUCGAACGAUCACUGUCAAGGCACUGGAUUGACAUACUCCUCAAGUUCAACAUGAACCACAUUGAAUUAGGAUGUCCUCAUUAGUCUGAUACAAUAUCUCUAUGUUGUCUUUGGGACAUAGCGUAGCUUGGAGUAUACCCACCAUAGACAUUUCCUAUUGGACUCGGCUUCCUCCGUUUUUAAAUAUGUAUGUCCCACCAUCUGCCAAUGGUAUGUAAGUGAUGUCGCGGGCGGAUGCUUCGCGCAUUUACGAUUUUGCU